AUGCUCGAGGCGGAGCAUUACCGACCCAAGCUGUUCUAUACCAUCCACAGCGAUGAUCCCAACCUUAUUGGCAAGGAGGAGACAUUCCUUGGCCCCGACAACCAGUCGAAGAUGAAGCGCUCGGUGGAGAACGCCGAACACGUUGGUCUGUUCACCCCAACUGCUGGACAGUACUUCCGUGAUGAGCGGCGGCGCCGCCACUCUCAGUAUUACGGCGGCCUUGCCCAGGGAAGCACUCUCUCAGCCACUGCUUCUUCCUUUGAGCCUCUUGGUCAGAGAUUCAAGGGAAAGAAUGCACUUGUCUUCUACCCGGAAGGUGGUGGUGCUCCGAGUCAGGACAUGGACAUCUCCCACCGCAUCGAGGGCUGUGACACUCCUGCGCCCUCUAUCGCUGAACUCGGCAACUACAUCACCGUUCAGGCGUGGACCAUGUUUCGCAUCGACUUACCGACCCUCCGAAUCACCUUUCUCAACACCUUUCCCGACACACUGGGUGACUUCUCUUCCCCGACAUACUGGGUGACUGGCCGCCCCAAGAGGGCCGCCCCUACGAACCUCCGCGGUUCCGAAGCACGUGGGCGGACAUCAUGCUUCGAAACAUCCCGAACAAGGACGGCCAACCUCCUUCGGCGCAAAUUGUUGGCGCCUCUCUCGGGAGGCCCGAUUGCUUGUUUCGACUCAGGUUGGCCGGAAUUGUUUGGUGACUUUGUUGUGAGCCGCUCCGAUCCCCGUCGCAAGGCGGGUGAGUGUCGGCCCUGGUUCUCGGGGCCCCCACGAGGAGCGCCUGGCGCAGGUCCAGCGCGUGGGACUGAGCAUCGGAUUGAGCGGUCUAUGGAUGUUAUGGUCGCUGCCCGACGCAGCAUGUACGGCGCCGACAUGCUUCCGCGUACCACCAACUUCGGGGUGACCCCUGAGGAGGCCCGCGAACUCAACAAGAAACAGCACGGGAGCGUUUUGAAGUUGAUAUGUCUCGGUCUUCCCGGUGGUUGCAUGAUGUUGUCACCGUUCCUUUGGGCGGUACGAUUCUAUGUAAUCGUCGGGGAGGCCGAGCAUAUCAUCUAUGUAAUUUUUUCCAACACCACCAACUUUGGGGUGACUCCUGAGGAGGCCCGGGAGCUCCAUCAGAGUCAGAAGGCCUAUGAUGGUGCCAAGGCCACUGCCGCCCCGGAUGGGGGUGGCAUCUGGGACGGCGGCGCUUCUAAGGACGACCCCAGCAACCUCAUCUGA